GACACUCUUAUUUUAUUUUCAUUAAUUUUCUCUUUUUGGGUCAUUUUCUCUCUUCCAACCAACCCAUUCUGGCCUGCACUUUUCCCACUAUCCAAACAUCACUACCUCCACUAUGGAUGCUACUUUAUCUGCCACCGCAGACUUUUUUAAUCACGACCAUCAUGAGUUUGGUUCCGACGAUCAUGUCAACAACUUAGCUUCUGGAGACGAUCUUUUCAGUAUCCUCGAGCGCUUAGAGGCCGAUGUGGUGGAUUUUCCUCCGUUGGAAGAAACCGUCGGUUUCAAUAAUGGAUCGAAAUUCGAAAGCGAACAAGAUCAAACGACGUCGUCCACAAGGAGACUGGUGUCUCAGAAAUCUUCGUCGUCGAGCACUCUUCAAGACUCAUCAGAACCUGAGCUUGACACUACUUUGCCAAGAAGCAAAAGGUUGAAGGCCUCAACGACGACGUCGGAGGAGGAAACGACACUCAACCCAUCAGAUGGGCAAGGGAAGAUGUCUCACAUAGCUGUUGAACGAAACCGGAGAAAACAAAUGAAUGAAAAUUUGACUGUUUUGCGUUCUCUCAUGCCUUGCUUCUAUGUCAAGCGAGGAGACCAAGCAUCAAUUAUUGGUGGGGUAGUCGACUACAUCAACGAGCUGCAGCAAGUUUUACAGUCUUUAGAGGCCAAAAAACAAAGGAAAAUUUACACUGAAGUGUUGAGCCCUAGAAUAGUUCCGAGUCCAAGAGCUUCACCAGUGAUUCUUAGCCCUAGAAAACCACCUCUAAGCCCUCGGCUUACGAGCUUACCAAAUAGCCCAAGAACCCCUCAGUCAAGUAGCCCAUACAAACCACCAAGGCUUCUUCAACAAACCUAUCUUAACUCACCCACCAUACCUACUAGUACUACUACUACUACUACCACUACUUCUGGUACUAGUUAUUCUCUUGAACCCUCUCCAACAUCGUCUUCCACUUCCUCCAAUAUUGACAACGCCAAUGAUCUUUUCGCCAACUCCAAGUCCGCCGUGGCCGACGUGGAGGUCAAAUUUUCUGGGUCAAAUGUUCUUCUAAAGACGGUAUCUCCUAGGAUUCCAGGACAAGCUGUGAAGAUAAUUGCUGCUCUUGAAGACCUUUCACUCGAAAUUCUUAAAGUCAAUAUCAACACUGUUGACGAAACCAUGCUUAAUCAUUCCUUCACCAUUAAGAUUGGAAUUGAAUGCCAACUUAGUGCGGAGGAACUCGCUCACCAAAUCCAGCAAACAUUCUGCUAAUUAAUUAAUUAAUAUAAUUUCAAUCAUCAUAUCAUAUCAUGAUAAUCUCCAGCUCUAACAACACCUCUCUCUCUCUUUUAUCUCUAUAUUUUUUUUUUUUUCUCAAGCUGAUCAAUUGAUUAGUAAUAAGAGGAGAGCUAGAGACUAGUUGAUGAGUUGGGAACUAUUUCGUUAGUACUGCAUAUUAGCAUUCAUGUUGUAGAUCAGUUAAUCAUAAAUUAAUUACUUAAUUAGCCUUAUUAAUUAUUAGGUUACGGGUAUCCCAUCUUUGUAAUAUUUGAGCAUAUAUUUUUCUUAUUUGCUUUUGAUUAAUGCAUGUAGAUCCAUUCCAAUUUUCAAUA